AUGCUCAGAGCACAGAAGCCUCCUCUCACACCGCAAGCUCCUCCUGAUGUUGAGAAGCAGCUCUAUACAAAUACCCAGUUUGAUGACCUGCUCACCCGCAUCGGAGCUCGCAUCGCCCGCAUGGACACCAACUACAGGCGCUCGAUUCCAGCGGAAGAGCGCCUGUCUAUCUGUCUGAGGUUUCUUGCUACUGGGGACUCCUUCAGGACCAUAGCAAGCAGCUUCAGGGUGGGCAUCUCCACCAUCUCCAGCAUCAUCCCAGAUGUGGUGGCAGCCAUCUGGGACGGCCUGGUGGAGGAGUUCAUGCCUGUGCCUGGAGAAGAGGAGUGGAGUCCUGAGAGGAGCUGCAGCGCAGGGAGAUGA